UUUAAAUCUCGAGCGUCCCAACAAACCACAUGCGACAGCAGAACAAGUCAGAGACAUAUCGAAUACGCGGCUUUGAGCGAUAUACAGGAAUCGGAAAUUGCCGUACCUUGGGGAACUUUGACAACCCAUUGUCGAUAACCUACUAGCUUCAUACUUCCUAACUAGUGACCAAAAAGAGCAAGGCAACCUCUUGUGGCUUGCGAGGCCGGCGAGGCUGUACAAUAAUUCUUUCCAGAGACCCUUGGCUUUACCUUCGAUGACAUCGCGUUCUAGAAGCUGAAACCAAAACGGAAAUAUGAGAUCUUUUAGUAUUCCGGUUCUAGUAGUUUGACAUCACAGUUCAGUAACCCAAAGCAUAUAUAAAUAUCAAAGGUUUGCACUACAUCAAAAUCAUAAACACAUUCAUUUCUUCACUCACUCUCCAAGUUCAUUCAUUUCCAACAGCCGUUCAGCGAACGCAUUACUUUUCUUGAAUUCUAUACCAAGUCACUCUCGUUUCAGUCAUCAACCACUUCUUUACAACACCAUCUUCCAAAUUUUAUCUCCAAAUAUUUUCAUCGCCAACAUGAAGUUCUCCGCUCUCGUCGUUCUCGCCGCUCCCCUUUUGGCCCUCGCUGCCCCAGCCGAUCAGCACGUCGAUCAGCCCAAGGAUGUCGCCAUUGAAACCCGUGACAUCCCCGGCUGCGAGGUCGACGCCUGGAUUGACGACGACUGGAGCAAGGGUGCUCUCCAGCGCUACCGUGUGAAGUUCAGCACCAAGCUGGUGAACCCCGAAGAUGUCUGCAACGUUCCCUACUACACUUGCAUGGCCAUGAGCAACCGUCAGUGCUGGGUCGCAGAUGGAAUCGCUCACGUCGAUGGUAACUUCGCCAAGGGCCCUGGUGGCAGGAGUUCGGUCAAGGCUUGCCUCAAGAAUGGCAAGAAGCAGUGGGCCAAGGACAACGGCUGCAAGUGCGUUGGCAACUACUGCAAAUAA